GGUAGAUUUGAAAAUGAACCCCACGGAUAUAGCAGACACCACCCUGGAUGAAAGCGUCUAUAGCAAUUACUAUCUCUACGAAAACAUCCCCAAGCCUUGCACCAAAGAAGGCAUCAAGGCAUUUGGGGAGCUCUUCCUGCCCCCUCUCUACUCCCUGGUCUUUCUGUUUGGUCUCCUUGGAAAUUCUGUGGUGAUUGUGGUCCUGUUCAAGUACAAGAGGCUCAAGUCCAUGACUGACGUGUACCUGCUCAACCUUGCCAUCUCGGACCUGCUCUUCGUGCUCUCCCUCCCUUUCUGGGGCUACUAUGCUGCAGACCAGUGGGUUUUUGGACUAGGUCUCUGCAAGAUUAUUUCCUGGAUGUACUUGGUGGGCUUUUACAGUGGCAUCUUCUUCAUCAUGCUCAUGAGCAUCGACAGAUACCUGGCAAUUGUGCAUGCGGUGUUUUCCUUGAGAGCGAGGACCCUGACUUAUGGGGUCAUCACCAGCUUGGCCACGUGGUCCGUGGCUGUCCUGGCCUCCCUUCCAGGCCUUUUAUUCAGCACCUGUUAUACUGAGCACAACCAUACCUACUGCAAAACCAAGUACUCUCUCAACUCCACGAGGUGGAAUGUGCUGAGCUCCCUGGAGAUCAACAUUCUUGGACUGGUGGUUCCCUUGGGCACCAUGCUGUUCUGCUACUCCAUGAUCAUCAGGACGUUGCAGCACUGCAAAAACGAGAAGAAGAGCAAGGCGGUGAGGUUGGUCUUUGCUGUGGUGGCUCUCUUCCUGGGGUUCUGGGCACCUUACAAUGUGGUGCUCUUCCUGGAGACACUGGUGGAACUGGAGGUCCUUCAGGAUUGCACCUUUGAAAGGCACCUGGACUACGCCAUUCAGGCCACAGAGACCCUGGCUUUCGUCCACUGCUGCCUCAAUCCAGUCAUCUACUUUUUCCUAGGGGAGAAAUUCCGCAAGUACAUCGUACAGCUCUUCAAAACCUGCAGGGGGCCGUUCAUGCUCUGCCAAUAUUGCAGGGUCCUCCAACUCUACCCGCCCGACACUCCCAGCUCGUCCUACACACAGUCCACCGGGGAUCACGAUCUCCAUGAUGCUCUGUAGAAAAAGAAGAGGCAAAAGAUGGAGUCGAGCAUCCCAUGUCAAGAGCUUAAAAUUGUAUUAUAGUAAGAGUUCCUGAGCAAGUGGUGGGAAGGAGACUUACAUCCACAGCCAAGGGCGGGCUUCUCACCCCACAGUCAGCUUUUCCUCUUGCCACAGGCGAGUUCAGUGCAGGAAGAGCUCAUUGGGGCUGCGGCAGCCCUCCUCUCUCAUGGCCUGCCUGCAGGGAUGAGUAAACCGAAGGAGAGCGCUAAGCAGCAUUUCAGUGAGGCUAUCCAUAAUCCUGUAAGGGAAGGACCAUUCAUUCCCUUCUAACUCGAACUGAUGCCAUUCUCCAGGAGGAACUGUGGAGGAUUGACUGGUGCAAUCAAUUACUACUCCUUGCUCCUUGAUGUGAAAAAUGGGCCCUUUUAAUGAACUUCUAGCUUUUGUGGAACAAUACAGAAAACUUUGGCAUGCCGUCCUAGGGUUUUUCUAAUAAUAUAUCCGAAGCAUGGUAUAUUCCCGGAAGCCAGGUGUACUCAGAAACAAAUAGCAAAGUAAUGAACCUGGAUCUUGAGUCUUUUAUUUUAAAGGAUGAUUUGUUAAUGGAAGCCAAACUUUUGAUGCUGAUUACAAGUGUAAGGAUGUGAAGGCAUUAGCGUGGUCUGAUUUCCAAACGUGAAAUACAAGGCAUUAAAAGAUCCAAACACAUUUGUGGAGAUUCAAACACAC